AUGAAGACACUUGUUGUUGAACAGCAUAAGACUCAAUACUGUAGCAGUUCUAAGCCACAAGACCAUGGUAGAUUUGAGUAUUCAUCUUCCAAAGACUUUAUAGGGAUUAAUUGCAGGACUUUUGAGUCUGGUUUUGCUUUAUUACCUACUACACCUUUGAAAUCUUUUGAUGAAAGUCCUAAGAGUAGUCCAAUUCCAAUUAAUGGAAAAGGUUUUAGAAAGGAAAGAUUUUUUGAUGAAGAUUUAAGUGAUGGAACCAUUUUGUUAUCUGAGUUAUGGGCUGGACCUACAUACUCAAAUUCGCCACCGCCUAGUUCAUUGCCGAUUCCUAGAUUUUCUGUAAGGCCUAAAAGGACUGUGUCUCUUGAUCUUCCUGGUUCGUCUCGCGAGAUCGAGUUGCGUAUGAUGGCUAAGUCUGUGCCGUCUUCUCCGACUAGGGAGCGUUUGGAUUUUAUUAGGGAUGUUUUUGUUAAUGCUGAUUCUGCUACUAAGACCUUACGUCGGAUUCUGAAUCUUAACAUUGGUGAUGAUGAGUGA